GCGAAGACGUGUCGGAUUUUCAUUCAAAGAAGUUGGACGUUGGGAGUUUUCUCGGUCUCCUUUCGGCCCAGCGCGUGCGAGACACGUCGCUUUACACAGCUUUGCCUAGUAAGUCGUCACGCGUCUAAGCAAAUUAAUUUGUGCAAGUGUCGUUGUCUUCGUCGUCAUCACUUCGGCCGGCGUUCGAGAGAGGUCCUUUCAGCGGGAUCGCAAGACACGGGACACAAAAAGACCCACGAUGCGAUCCAGCGGUGAAAUGCCAGCGCUCUUGCUGAUUCUCGUGGUGUGUCUGCAAGCAUCGUUCCUCCUUGUCACCGGGAGAUCCCUGAAAGAAGGCGAAUGCGAAGUGUGCGUGGGUGUUCUCAAGAAGCUGCACGGUCGGCUGGAAGUGGAAGAGAGGACGAACGAGGACUCCAUCACAGCGGGAUUCAUGGAAUUCUGCAAAGAUGCUAAAGGACCAGAGCAGCGCUUUUGCUACUAUGUGGGUGGCCUUGAGGAAUCUGCUACACGCAUCGUGGGUGAGAUGUCCAAGCCAUUCAGCUGGGGCAUGCCCCACUUGAAGGUGUGCGAGAAGCUUCUAGCCAAGGAUGCCCAGAUCUGCGACCUCAAGUACCCAAAGGUUAUCGAUUUGAAGACAGUGGACCUGAAGAAGCUCAAGGUGAAGGACCUGAAGAAGAUCCUCAACGACUGGGACGAGCGGUGCGAAGGCUGUGUCGAGAAGACGGACUUUGUCAGGAGGAUAGAGGAGCUCAAGAAGGUUCACAUGCGCGAAGAACUCUGACCUCUGCGCGGUGCUUGCGUUGCUGUACAGAUGGACCACCACAAUGGCUGCCACUGCAAGACGUGUCACUCCUACUGGUCACCGACCCUUUGGCCCCCCUCUUUUUUGUUGUUGUUGGCAAUGCAGUGGUGUCCUUGGUUACAUUUUCGGGGAAAGGGUGGGUAGCAUUCUAAUUUAUCAACUUUUUACACCUCUUCUAUGUACAGGGCAUUGAGUAAAAGACUCACUUUUUUUUCAUCUCAUGUGUGUACGCACAGGAAAUGAAGUCAUCUUUUUGUUCUUGUACACAUACUCUGUGCGCUCAUUUUGCUGUUUAAGGUUACCUGGAACAACGCUCUCACCUAGUGAAGACUGUGUUCUGGGUGCACAACAUUGGGACUAAAACUGGAAACUUACUCAUCGGCGAGAAAAAUUAAAACGUUUUGUGCAUUC